AUGUGUCUAGGCUCUCAAGACCCAAAGGACUUGCUCGUCAACAUCAACAAAGACCCCACCGAAAAGAUCCAUCCGUCACGCACUCAGCUAACCAUGUCAUCGUUGAAAACAGCCAAGCUCAAAGCGAUCAAAGCCUCCACUCCCGAAUCUUACAUGUCCCACAUCGCCUGGGUCUGGGUGAAGACGCAAGAACUGCUCCUGAAAGCCGAGUCCGACGCCCUCGAGGCCAAAAUGCUUCGCUUGCAGAAAAAGUAUUCCAGACUGUCGGCCCGCCACCCUGCGGUCAAGCCCGCCGCCGUCGCGCUCAACAAGGACUGGUUCAUCAAGGAGGGCGAGGCGAAAGACGAGAAGCUGGCGGGGCUCAUGAAGGCGUUCAAGGCGGCGGGGGGUGGGGUGGAGGAUGCGGGGAAGGUGGAGAGGUUGUUGAAGAUCGGGUUGGAGUGGUCGAUGGCGGUCAAGAUGCAGCUGGUGGCGGUGCGUGAUGCGGUGGGGCAGCUUAAGAAGCUCUCUGCUGCCUAG